AUGGGUAUUAAAAUUAUCGGAUUUGGUAAAUCACCCACUACUCUUAGAGUAAUUCUUACCCUUCAAGAGUUAGGUCUAGAACAUGAAUUUGAAGAAGGCGUUUAUAAUGAAAUGAAAUCACCUGAUUUUCUUGCCACAAAAAAUCCAUUCGGGAAAGUCCCAGUAAUGAUUGAUGACGGUUUUACACUUUACGAAUCGCGUGCAAUCUGUCGUUAUCUCGUAAACAAAUACCAAGGAACCAAGAAUUCUACAAUUUUGAUUCCAAAAGAUAUACAAAAGGCCGCUUUGGUUGAACAAUACUUAUCGGUCGAAAGUUUAUAUUUUGAUUUACCAUCAACAGCCAUUAAUUUUGAAGAAAUUGUUGCUGUAAAGUAUAUGAAUAGAGAAGCUGAUGCUGAAAAGGUCAAAGAAGCAAAAGAAAAAAUUGAAAAUACAUUGGAUAUCUAUGAAAAAUUUCUCGAGGGAAAAGAUUAUUUGAUUGGUGAAUAUUCUUUGGCUGAUCUUGUUCAUAUAGCUAAUAUCUAUGUUAAUGUUCAUAAAACUAGCGCUAAAGAUGUAUAUUAUGAUGCUAAAAGACCCAAUGUUGUUAAAUGGUAUAUGAAUAGAGAAGCUGAUGCUGAAAAGGUCAAAGAAGCAAAAGAAAAAAUUGAAAAUACAUUGGAUAUCUAUGAAAAAUUGCUCGAGGGAAAAGAUUAUUUGAUUGGUGAAUAUUCUUUGGCUGAUCUUGUUCAUAUAGCUAAUAUCUAUGUUAAUGUUCAUAAAACUAGCGCUAAAGAUAUAUAUUAUGAUGCUAAAAGACCCAAUGUUGUUAAAUGGGUGAAAAGGAUUUUCGAAAGACCUGCUUGGAAACAAAUAGCAGCAAAUCUUAAUUCCGACUAA